GUUAGACAGUGCAUACAGAUUUCUUGAUGCAACAGCAGUUGUUAGUUUGACGGAAAAUAAGACGCAUCAAACAUGAAAAAGCAAAAUCGUUCUUUAGUGAUCAUUAUUUCUAUAAUUAUAUAUGCUACUCUUCACUCAGGGGAAGCAUUGCAAUGUUAUGUAUGUAGCUCGGAUAACAACUCCGAUUGUAAGGAGGGACCAUACUCAAGCAUGGCAGAAGAAUGUCCUAACCUAGCUACAACAACUUCGACAGAAAUAACCUUAACGCAAACAUCUUCAACACAGACAAUCUCGACGAAUACAUCUCCGACAGAGACGUCCUCGACGCAGACAUCUUCUACGCAAACAUCCUCGACGCAGACAUCCUCGACGCAGACAACUCCGACGCAGACAACUCCGACGCAAACAACCCCGACGCAAACAACUCCGACGCAAACAACUCCGACGCAAACAACCCCGACGCAAACAACCCCGACGCAAACAACCCCGACGCAGACAAUUCCGACGCAGACAACUCCGACGCAAACAACCCCGACGCAGACAACUCCGACGCAAACAACCCCGACGCAGACAACUCCGACGCAGACAACUCCGACGCAAACAACCCCGACGCAGACAACUCCGACGCAAACAACCCCGACGCAGACAACUCCAACGCAAACAACCCCGACGCAGACAACUCCGACGCAAACAACAACCCCGACGCAAACAACCACGACGCAGACAUCCCCGACACAGACAACUCCGACAGAGACAUCCCCGACAACUUUAAUACAAACAACUCUGACAGAAAUUGCGGAACCUACGCCGAAAAAUAAUGCGAGAGACUACAGGUUACGCAGAAGCAUUUUUCCAAAUGCAUAUGAUACAUAUGAUAGGGAAGAAUACUGGUGUGCCGUAAUUAAACGUCAAUCUAACGAUUCUGAGGUCAUCGUGGAACGUGGAUGUGUACCUUUCUCCUUUAAAUGUGAUAAUACUAAAGGAGAGAUUUGUAUGAUGUGCAAUUCAGAUUUAUGUAAUAAUGCUAACUCUGUAUCAAUUAAUAUGAUAACCUUGUCAUGGGUGGUAUUUUCAUGGGCAAUUAUGUUUAUUCUUAUAGAUUCUUAAUUUUUAAGCUUUACCAUUAUAACACAUUAUUUAUAAA